UGGGCACGACUCUCAUUUGCUCCUUGGAUUAUGGGAUUCUCCUUUGACUUGACUAAUCUAAAUUAUAUGAAGAUUAUCACAACAUUAAGUUACAAAGCAGAGAGAGAGAGAGAGAGAGCUGUUAUUGCUGACUAACACAAGCAAAUGUUUAAGGGCGAAAUUCCCAUAAUUUAAUCCCCCAACAAACAACUUGACUUUCACGUAAACGUUUUCCUAAUGUAUAGAAGAUUCCAUUAAUUUUCUUAUUGCUCUUGUUCAGACAUUUAAUGACCAUAUAACCCCACUUCCAUAGCUGCAAAAAGCCUGUCCCAUCUCCAUCUCCAUCACAUUCACAUCUCUUCAUCUUUAGCUAUUCCAAAAAUUCAACCUUGCGACAGUUGCAGUCAUCUAUCCAGGGAAAAGAAAAUGUCUGUUUCGCUUGACUCUCCAGAACAGACCACCACAAACCCAUUUUCUCAUCUCCUCAACAGCAUUUCCUCCUAUGAUGGCAAUGUCAUGCUAGCUGCUGUCAUAUCUUUGCUUCUUGUCAUCCUCUUCGUCCUGCUUCUCCACGUCUACGCCAAAUGGUUCUUGGCUCAAGCUCGCCAAAGAAGUCGAUCUUCCUCCAUGUCUGUGUCUCACGUCUUCCGCCCUGAUCGAUUCCACCGUUUCCAUGCAUUCACGUUCGACACUACCUUCCGGAGCUCCCCAUUAAAGGGCCUCGAUUCCUCUGUCAUUUCAUCCAUUCCAUUGUUUGUUUACACAAUGGAAGAGUACAAGCACAAUUUAGAGUGUGUUAUCUGUUUGAGCCCAUUCGAGGACGAUGAUGUUGGGAGGAAUUUACCCAAGUGCGGCCAUUGUUUUCAUGUGGAGUGCAUCGAUAUGUGGCUGCAGUCUCACUCAAAUUGCCCCAUUUGCAGAGCUCCUGUGUUGAGUAAUGAUAAGGUUGCGGAUUCUGAAGUAAGUUCUUUGGAGAGUGUGGGAGUUUUAUUGAACCGUGAGGUGGGAGUGAUUGAUGGAAACCUUAGAUUGGACAAUCUGACUGAAUUAUCAGAUUCAAACAAUCGUCCAACUGCUGCUGCAGAUGAUGAUAUUCUAUCAGCAUCGUCUUCUUCCUUGACGCUGUCAUCUUCCCUUGGUUGCUCUUUGAAGAGAAUGCUGAGCAGGAACAGAUCAGAGCGCAAGGUUUUUCCCUCAUCCAACGCCAGUGAGAUGGAAGUUUGAGUAAAGACAAAAGAGUCUGCUUUGCCUGUUAAUGUUCAUAAACUCUCCACCACUUUGUAGAAACUUUGUAUAGAUUUCUUGGGAAACUUGUUAUCAUCUUCCUCCGAGUCUCUCAUUGGACCAGAGGAUUAAAACCUAUCGUUUUUAGUUACAUUCAUUGAUUACAAGCUUUUCAUUAGGCGUUAA